AACCUUUGGGGGCGAACAAACUAACAGGCAACUUGAAGGCGGUGACAGUCAGUCCAUUGCUUCACGACAUGAAAAUGACUGUCUAAAAGCAACCGGAACAACUGCCAUUUCAAUGGACUCAUCUCAUAUCAUGCAAGCUAUAUUCAACAAGUAUGGGGAUAUCACUAAAGCGUGUACAUUGCAAUCAGAACUUUUCAAGACUCUCUGUUUAGAGGGUAUCUGUAAGGUUGUGCAGAAGCUCUACGACACCCAUCUUGCUGAUAUGAAAUUUGAUGAUGUUAAGGGAUUCUACUCCAUCCUAAGGGAUGCCGAGAGUCUGAAUUUUGAUGUCAAAUGGCUGCAUCAGAGACUCGAUGAAAUUGUGAAAGUGAUGACAAGUAAGGAUGAGCUCAAGAAACUCGAGGAUGAACUUAGAGAAAGUAAAGUGAAAGCAGAAGAGAUUUCUAAUGCUUUGGAGCUGAAAACAAUCGAGCAGGCUAAACUUGAACAUGAUAUUGAAAAGUUGGAAGAGCAGAAUGUUAUAGAAAACCUAAAGAUCGAAGAGUUGAAUGCACAAAUCGACAACAUCAAAUCUACAUGUCUAAGUUUCAAACAAGUGACGCCUGGAUUGCUGUAGACUUUUUCUUGAUGUAUAGACAUAGUAGUGGUUUGUUACUUGUACAUGGUUGUCCACUUGUCCCCCGAAAGCGGAAAGCUGGAAAGUACACUCUGGAUAUAGCUAAAUUAUGCCUGACUGCUUCUAAUGUUUAUAUCAGUUGCAAAGAUUUGCUGCCUGUAUUUCUUUUUUUUUUUUUUUUUUUUUUUUGGGACAAGGAUUUGCUGCCUGUAUAAGAUGAGCACUGCACUUGUAUUCUCAUUAACAGUUGCGGAUUUGUGGUUAAGGCCUAUUUAACUAUGAAUGAAAUGUAACACUUAGGUUAGUUGCAUACAUUAUGAUC